GAAGCGGAAGAGGCGGCCAUGGAGCUGGCGGACGCGGAGGCGGCGGGCCCCUCGCCGGAGGCUCCCGCGCCGGCCGAGUGUGCGCCGGCGGAACCGGGCGGCCUCCCUGGGUUAGUUCACGAUCAAUUGGUGCCAACACAAAGUUCCUCAUCCAGAGUCAUAGUACACGUGGAUCUUGAUUGCUUUUAUGCACAAGUAGAAAUGAUCUCACAUCCAGAAUUGAAGGGGAAGCCUUUAGGAGUUCAGCAGAAAUACUUGGUGGUUACUUGCAACUAUGAAGCUAGGGAGCUUGGAGUUAAGAAACUUAUGAAUGUCAGAGAUGCAAAAGAGAAGUGCCCACAGCUGAUAUUAGUCAAUGGAGAAGACUUGACCCGUUACAGAGAAAUGUCUUACAAAGUUACAGAAUUGUUGGAAGAAUUUAGUCCCAUUGUUGAGAGACUUGGAUUUGAUGAGAAUUUUGUGGAUCUAACAGAAAUGGUUGAGAAGAGACUCCAGCAGCUUCAAAGUAAUGAGCUUUCUGCAGUGACAGUGUCUGGUCAUGUAUACAAUAAUCAACCUGUGAACUUCCAUAAUGUCAUGCAUAUGAGACUACUUGUUGGAUCCCAAGUAGCAGCAGAGAUGCGGGAAGCCAUGCAUAAUCAGCUGGGGCUCACAGGUUGUGCUGGAGUCGCUUCUAAUAAACUAUUGGCAAAAUUAGUUUCUGGUGUCUUUAAACCAAAUCAACAAACAGUCUUAUUACCUGAAAGUUGUCAAGAUCUCAUAAAUAGUUUGAACCACAUAAAGGAAAUGCCUGGUAUUGGCUAUAAAACUGCAAAACGUCUUGAAGUUCUGGGAAUCAACAGUGUGCGUGAUCUCCAAAGCUUUUCUUUCAAAAUAUUAGAAAAGGAAUUGGGAAUUUCAGUUGCUCAGCGUAUCCAGAAGCUCAGUUUUGGGGAGGAUAACUCUCCUGUCAUGCCCUCAGGACCACCUCAGUCCUUUAGUGAAGAAGAUUCAUUUAAAAAAUGUUCAUCAGAAGUAGAAGCUAAAAAAAAGAUUGAAGAACUUCUUGCUAGCCUUUUGAACAGGGUAUGCCAAGAUGGAAGGAGGCCCCAUACAAUACGAUUAGUAAUCCGUCGAUAUUCACCCGAGAAGCACUACAGUCGUGAGAGUCGUCAGUGUCCCAUUCCAUCCCAUGUCAUUCAGAAGUUAGGGACAGGAAAUUAUGACGUGAUGACUCCAAUGGUUGAUAUACUGAUGAAACUUUUUCGAAAUAUGGUGAAUGUGAAGAUGCCAUUUCACCUUACUCUUCUAAGUGUAUGCUUCUGCAACCUAAAAGCCCAAAAUACUGCUAAGAAAGGGCUUAUUGAUUAUUAUCUAACACCUUCAUUAUCAACAACUUCACACUCUGGCAAGCGCAGCUUUCACUCAACCUCAAGUGCUGGGAUUACAGGGCUGCCACAACUGGAGGUUAAUACCUGGGAAGUUACUGUUGCAUCCAAGUUUAUGGAAACUAUGUUGGACUGUAAAAUGAAAGACACUCAUAUAGAAGAUUUUUUCAAAGACAAAGAAACAAACUCAAAUUUUCUACCAAGUGGAAGAAUUGAAAGUACAGGAACUGGGGAAUCUCCAUUGGACACUACAAAUGUUUCUAAUGAAAAAGAUGUUAAUGAAGUUCCACUCUGUUUACUUCCUGAGGAGGUUGACCAAGAAGUUUUUAAGCAGCUUCCUGCAGAUAUUCAAGACGAAAUACUUUCUGGAAAAUCUAGAGAAAAAUUUCAAGAGAAAGGAAGUUUGAGUUGUCCACUACAUGCUUCCAGAGGAGUAUUAUCUUUCUUUUCUACAAAGCAAAUGAAAGAUAUUCCAUUAACUUCUAGAGAUAAUUUAUCCAGUAGCAAGCAGGUAUCUUCUACAUAUCCUUGUGAACCAGGAACCUCAAGUUCAAGUAACAGUAAUUCCUGUUAUUCAUCUAGCCAAAAAGAUUACUCAUACUAUAUAGAUAAUCGAUUAAAAGAUGAACGAACAAGUCAAGGACCUAAAGAAUCUCAAGGAUUUCACUUUUCCAAAAUAAACACUACUGUAUCUGUUUUCCAUUCAUUUCCAAAUUUGCAGAGUGAGCAGCUUUUCUCCAAAAACCGCAGUACAAGCAGCCAUAAGCAAACAACAACAGCCUCUCCUCAAGCAGGACUUCAAGAAAAAGGAGAGCAAGAGUCUGCUGCAGAGAAAGUUACUUUUCCACCUGAAGUUGAUCCUCAAGUUUUCUAUGAACUACCAGAAGAGGUCCAGAAAGAAUUGUUGGCUGAGUGGAAGAGAGCUGCAUCAGAUUCCACAUAGUGCAUAAAGCACAGCCAGAACAGGGGCUUAAAAUUUUAAGCAACGGAGUUAUCAUUGUUCUCAGAUUAGUAGGAUUUGCAGCUCCUCUUAAUUAAACACUGAUAUUCAAUAAUGUAGAGAUCCAGUGGUCAUAAGAGGUACAUUCUGAUACAAAGCAUAAAAAUAUAACAAUAAUGUAAAAAUAUUAUCUUCUAAUUUCUACAACUAUUUUACUUUCCAAUAAAAGGAAUCUGUCAACAUGA